AUGUUUUGUUCGUCCGAUGCAACUCAUCCUGGUGUGUUAAGAGUGGACAGGACAUUCAACCUCGGUCCAUGUUAUGUUACUAUACUUUGUUAUCAGCAAAAUAAUUUAAUCCGCAAAGGCACGCAGAAUCAUCCAAUCAUGCUAGGACCAGUAUUUUUACACUGGGAUGGACUCUAUCCUACAUACCAUGGCUUCUUUUCGCAUUUAAGAAGUCAAAUGGAUGACAGUAUCAAUGGCAUUCAGGUUGGUGGUCGUAAUCUUCUGGUGGGAUCUGAUGAAGAAAAAGCUCUAACAAAAGCAAUGAAACAGUCAUUUCCAUCCUCACAUCACAUUCUCUGCCGACGUCACAUCGAAGAGAAUGUGAAACGUCAUCUCCGUGGAAUGGUUGGUGCAAACGACAGACAGACCAAAGAAGUCAUGAAUGAUAUUUUUGGAGACAAUGGGCUCUUAGCCGUUGAUGACGAAUAUGAAUUUGCAAUGGUAAGUUUCGAGCUGGAAGAGAAGUACUGUACCAGUAUGCCCAAAUUUCUUCCGUACUUCAAAAAACUAAAAGCAACAUUGCUGGAAUAUGUAUUCCUUCCGAGCAAGAAAAAUAAAUCUGUCCCUAUUACCUGGAAGAACAACUCAUGCGAAAGCAUGAAUCACAUUUCAAAACUUACGUGCGAUUGGAAAGUCCAGAAAAUUCCGGAUUUAGUGGAAAAGCUGUACAAGAUCGUCCAGCUCCAGUACGCAGAUGUUAGGCGUGCUCUCUAUGGGAUGGGAAAUUACGUAGUCGCUCCCUGGAUGGCAAAGUUCAAAAUUAGCCAAGCUAACUGGGCUGCCAAAUCAAUCAUUGAAAAAGAAACUUGGUUUUUAAAUUUCCUGAAAGGCGCACCCAAAGCGGAGAAAGCUGUGAAGUCAACAGACGGAAGGUUGACCAUACCUAAGACUCAGAAAACUGCUAGGAAACCCGGUCAGCGAAAGAGAGUGAAAUGUUCCAGAACUAAAAAAUGUUAG